GCGCGGCGGCAACAUCACUCUCGCCGCCGCUGCUCCGCCCCGUCCCCUUCUGUUUUUCUCUCUCAUUCUCCCGUGGCGGCGGCGGCGGCGAGGGCGCGGGCGGAGGAAGAGGCAGCCGAGCCGGCUGCGAUGCAUGAUCCCCCAGCUCGGGGGGAGGUCGCCAGGUGAGUCCCUGCCCUCGGGAGGGCCGGGACCCCCGGCCGCCCAGGACCGGCAGCCCCCGCUAUGGAUCCCUAGAGGAAGGAGGAGGAGGAGAAGACAGCUCUGCCGCCCACCCCCCAUCCCAUUUUCCUCUUCCUUUAUCUCAUUGUUGCCGGAGCUGUUGACGGCAGCGCUCCCUCUGCCCCGGCAUGGGGCGGGCUCCGGGCACUGCCACUCGGCUGCCGGUGCGCCCGCUGCUGCCCGGGGAUUCUGCCUAAUUCUACCUCCCGAGCCGGUGCGGCGAGGACCGGAGAGCAGGGGAGGCCCGGACUGCAGCAGCGGCGGCGGGGCCACCUCCCCGCAUCCCCGCCCUAGGAGGCUGCAUGCGGAUUGAAGAGCGGACCUAGCUAGGGAGGAGAAGACAGCAGGAGCGCCCCAGGCUGCAGAGGGGGCCGGGGGCCGGGAGGGGCAGGGCGGCAAGAUGGCCAGUAAAACCAAGGCCAGCGAGGCUCUCAAGGUGGUGGCCCGGUGCCGCCCCCUCAGCCGGAAGGAGGAGGCUGCAGGUCACGAGCAGAUCCUGACCAUGGACGUGAAACUGGGCCAGGUGACCCUGCGGAACCCACGCGCGGUCCCCGGGGAGCUGCCCAAGACCUUCACCUUUGACGCGGUGUAUGAUGCCAGCUCCAAGCAGGCAGACCUGUAUGAUGAAACCGUGAGGCCCCUGGUAGACUCGGUGCUUCAGGGUUUCAAUGGCACUGUGUUCGCCUAUGGCCAGACGGGCACUGGCAAGACCUACACCAUGCAGGGCACCUGGGUGGAGCCCGAGCUCCGCGGAGUCAUCCCCAACGCCUUCGAGCACAUCUUCACCCACAUAUCCCGCUCCCAGAACCAGCAGUACCUCGUCCGGGCCUCCUACCUGGAGAUCUACCAGGAGGAGAUCCGAGACCUGCUCUCCAAGGAGCCGGGCAAGAGGCUGGAGCUGAAGGAGAACCCGGAGACCGGCGUCUACAUCAAGGACCUCUCCUCCUUCGUCACCAAGAACGUCAAGGAGAUCGAGCAUGUGAUGAACCUGGGGAACCAGACCCGGGCAGUGGGCAGCACCCACAUGAACGAGGUCAGCUCGCGUUCCCACGCCAUCUUCGUCAUCACCGUGGAGUGCAGCGAACGUGGCUCGGAUGGCCAGGACCACAUCCGGGUGGGCAAGCUCAACCUGGUGGACCUGGCGGGCAGUGAGAGGCAGAACAAGGCAGGCCCCAACGCGGCCGGAGGGACAGCCACACAGUCAGCAGGUGGCGGAGGCGGCGGUGGCAGCGGAGGUGGAGGCAGCGGUGGUGGCGGAGAGAGGCCUAAGGAGGCCUCCAAAAUCAACCUCUCACUGUCUGCCCUGGGCAACGUGAUUGCGGCUCUGGCGGGCAACAGGAGCACCCACAUCCCCUAUCGGGACUCCAAGCUCACCCGGCUGCUCCAGGACUCUCUGGGGGGCAACGCCAAGACCAUCAUGGUGGCCACGCUAGGACCAGCUUCUCACAGCUUCGACGAGAGCCUCUCCACCCUGCGCUUCGCCAACCGGGCCAAGAACAUCAAGAACAAGCCUCGCGUGAACGAGGACCCCAAGGACACGCUGCUGCGAGAGUUCCAGGAGGAGAUCGCCCGCCUGAAGGCCCAGCUGGAGAAGAGGGGGAUGCUGGGCAAGCGGCCCCGGAGGAAGAGUAGCCGCAGGAAGAAGGCCGUGUCAGCCCCCCCGGGGUACCCUGAGGGGUCAGUGAUCGAGGCCUGGGUGGCCGAAGAGGAAGACGACAACAACAACAACCACCGCCCGCCGCAGCCCAUCCUGGAGUCCGCCUUGGAGAAGAACAUGGAGAAUUACCUGCAGGAGCAGAAGGAGCGGCUGGAGGAGGAGAAGGCGGCCAUCCAGGACGACCGCAGCCUGGUGAGCGAGGAGAAGCAGAAGCUACUGGAGGAGAAGGAGAAGAUGCUGGAGGACCUGCAGCGGGAGCAGCAGGCCACGGAGCUGCUUGCUGCCAAGUACAAGGCCAUGGAGAGCAAGCUGCUCAUCGGCGGCAGGAACAUCAUGGACCACACCAACGAGCAGCAGAAGAUGCUGGAACUGAAGAGGCAGGAGAUCGCCGAGCAGAAACGCCGUGAGCGGGAAAUGCAGCAGGAGAUGAUGCUCCGAGAUGAGGAGACCAUGGAGCUCCGGGGCACCUACACUUCCCUGCAGCAGGAGGUGGAGGUCAAAACCAAGAAGCUCAAGAAGCUCUACGCCAAGCUGCAGGCGGUGAAGGCGGAGAUCCAGGACCAGCAUGACGAGUACAUCCGCGUGCGGCAGGACCUGGAGGAGGCACAGAACGAGCAGACCCGGGAGCUCAAACUCAAGUAUCUGAUCAUCGAGAACUUCAUCCCCCCGGAGGAGAAGAACAAGAUCAUGAACCGGCUGUUCCUGGACUGCGAGGAGGAGCAGUGGAAGUUCCAGCCACUUGUGCCCGCCGGACUCAGUAGCAGCCAAAUGAAGAAGCGGCCAACUUCUGCCGUGGGCUACAAGAGGCCCAUCAGCCAGUAUGCUCGGGUUGCCAUGGCAAUGGGGUCCCACCCCAGGUACCGGGCGGAAAACAUAAUGUUUCUGGAGUUGGAUGUGUCCCCUCCAGCAGUCUUUGAGAUGGAAUUCUCUCAUGACCAAGAACAAGACCCCCGGGCACUACACAUGGAGCGGCUCAUGCGGUUGGACAGCUUCCUCGAAAGACCUUCAACCUCUAAAGUCCGAAAGUCCAGAUCCUGGUGCCAGAGUCCUCAGCGGCCUCCGUCCUCCACCACACAUGCCUCGCUGGCCUCCGCUUCCCUGUGCCCCACAACAGUGCUAGACCAUGAGUGACAACCUUCACGGCCAGGUUCCCCAGACCCCGGGGAUGGGGCCCUCAGCCCUGGAUCAUCUCAUCUGCCGCUUGUGUGCGUGCAUGUGUGUGCAUGUGUGUGUGCGCGUGCGUAUGUGUGAAGGGGUAAGAAUCUGGCAGACGGCACCUCUGCCUGCUCUUCUUAGCCUCCUUUAUUUAAGUAAUGUUAUUUAUUUGUGGAGCUCAGUUCGUAUAGGGAGGAUAUCCCCGACUGAGCUGUCUGGGCCUGCACCCCCUUUUCUUCUGACUUUAGACCCCCAGUGAGACCUCAAGCUACUCCCAUGUCAACUGCUCCCAGAGGGGAAGGUGGCCAGUGCCUGAGAAGAGUACUUUUUCUACUUGUCCCACUCUAUAAUCUCCAUCUCCUCCUCUGCUGACGGUGAGCAGCUCCUGAGCACUUUCUGGGACUAGAAAAAUGCUGGGUGUCCACUGAAGACAAGAGACAUCCUGACACUGUGGGGUGUUUGCUCCCAGUGGAGAGAGCUCUGCUGUGCCAAGAGGGUAGAAAGCUCCAGUUUCUGGGGCUUAGACAGCCUCUUUUGGCUGCUCGAGCUCUUUUUCAAGGACUUCAGUGGCCUCGCCGACACAGCCCAUGUUCUCCAGCUUUGGCAGGAACUCAAGGCUUCCUAAACUCUGCCUCCUCCUGCCCUCCUAGCACUUGGGUGGGAAUUGCAGAUCAACCCGUUGCUGCCUCCUCUGGACCUGCAGGAAAUGGGACAGUAAUGGAGCCAACUUGGACAGUCAUCAAGGGAAGUCCUUCCUCCGGGUCUCUUUGUUUCUGUCCCUUCCGAGGAGUAACUUUGGACAACGAGCAAUGGAGCCGACUCCCCAGCAUUUUCCUGCUUUGGUCUGUCUCUCCUGCAGCUGCCUGGAAUGCAGUUCAUGGUGGGAGGAAUGAGUCGUUCUGACCCUGCUAAACAGAGGGUGUUGACAUCAUUUAGCACAAGAGGAGACCCAGGCCCAGUCUGCCAGCUUUGCCUAUUACCCCUGGUGUCAAAUCACAUUUUGGGGGCACUAUUUUCUUGAAAACUAACUCUUUCUUCAGUAGUUUUGCAAAUUGGUCCUGAGGACAGUACUUCUCAUCUCCCUUUGUGACAUCCCAAGAUGUCUCCAGGUAUCUCCAGUGAUAAGUAAAUUUCUAUAUAUAUAAAGAGGAGAAUUUUCAUCAAGUUACUUUUUAAGUGUAUACUUUGGUGGAGAGGGGAAGGGAUAAUCAUGAAAACAAACAAUUGAUUUAAGAUUUCAAAAUGCCAAAACAGCGGGAGCCUGCAACUCCUAGAAUACAGAGAGUUCUGUCUUUGGGGUAAAUUGUGAGACUAAGAGACCUCCCUGAAAUUUGAUGUGUGGGAGGUGGAGGUGGGGUCUGAUUACCUGGUUCUUCUCUUUCUGUCAGGAAAUGCGCCCUUCUUGCACAGUUCAAGUUCUGCCUGAGGGCCACGCUUUGGUAUGGUCUCGCUCCAUGCUGCUGGCAUUACUGGACUCUGGUUGGGCAACUCAGUUGCCAUCUGUUCCUGUCCUUCGAGGAAAUAACAUUUUUCAUCAGAGCCCAAGGGAUGAAUUUUGAGACUCAGGAGUCAGAUUGGAAGUUUGGCCAUGGCUGGGACAGGAGCAUGGACAGGACAGAGGCCUGGGCCCAGGGGGUCCUCCAGGGCCGUGUUGAGCAGCCCCUCCCACCGACCCCUUUCUCGCUUGUGGACGAAGCAGCACGCAUCGCCCCAUUCACCACGUGGACACAUUGGCUCUCCGUUUUCUGUUCAUUCAUUCCUCACGGUCUCUAGAGCACAAUAAACCCAACUUCACCACCCCCGGUCUGCAGGCUGGGCCCGAGCUGUGGUCAGAGGAGGAGCUCCUGCCUGCGGUUUUGUGUCUGUGUGUAUGUGUGUGCGUGUCUGUGCGUGUUUACCUCCACAGGGGACACGCUGCGCUCAGCAUAAGCUAUGCUGGGCACAGGCCACUGGGGGUGGCUGGAUCUCAGUCUCUCUGUCUCCUUUGCCUUUUGAUGUAUCAGAUAUUUGAUUGACAAAGUAAGGGCCUUGAUUGGGACCAAAUUUCCGUGUCUGUUGUUAUGGUCUUUAUUUAGGACAACAGGUAACAAUGCAGUGGCCCAUUCUUGUCACUCUAUACAUAUGACUCUACAGGACAUAUGUAAUAUAUAAAUAUAUAUAUAUAUAAGAUGUUCCCCUCUGUCCCCUUGGCUUAGGAUGGAGGCCUCUCUGCUGAGCUGAGAUGCAGCCUGCAGGUCCCAGCCCUGUUCAAACUAACGCAGUCGACAAUAAAGGAAUGAGUAUCGUUA